GCUGCCAGAAAUAAAAUUUCCAAAAAAAAAACAACCUACAUCGAGCGUUUUUGUUAUGGGACGUGGAGGUAAGCGCAGUUGGUAUAAUGGUGAUCGUAGAGAAGCAAAAAGGAACCGUGUAAAUUCUGCUCAAUACGGUGAAAAACGGCCUGAACAUUUGGUCGUUGGAGAAAAGAAACCAAAACGUAAAGUUGCUUGCCUGGUGGGAUACUGUGGCACUGGUUAUCAUGGAAUGCAAUUAAAUCCUCCAAGUAAAACGAUCGAGGGAGACCUUUUCGACGCGUUUGUCAAAGCUGAGGCCGUGUCAUCUUACAACGCGGAUGAUCCUAAGAAAGUCGCUUUAGCUCGAGCUGCACGGACCGAUAAGGGUGUUCAUGCUGCUGGAAAUGUGAUUACUCUAAAAUUGAUUAUGGAAGAUGAGCAAUUGAUCGAAAAAGUCAAUCAACAUCUCCCUCCUUCCAUCCGUGUUUGGGACGUUGUUCGUACAAUCAAUUCAUUUAAUCCUAGAACGUACUGCGAAUCCCGUAUCUAUGAGUAUUUGAUUCCUACCUAUGCUUUCGUUCCCCCAAAGCCUAGUUCUGUCUUGGGCCGUUGCAUCGCAAAAAAUUCUCCUAUGCCGAGUGAGCCUGUCGACGAAAAUGAUAUCAACCAAAUGAGCCGCAAGAUUUUCUAUGAAGAGGGAAAAGAAUUCUGGGAUAAAUAUAAGGAAAUGGAAGCUGUAAUCUUAGAGGCCUAUCAUGCAGAUCCCGAGAACUUUGUCAAUCCUUAUUCAAAGAAAGCUGCCGCGGCCGCCUCUUCUACUGCAGAAAAUGAGAGCCCCAAAGAAGAGGAACUACCUGCACCAAUUUCUGAAGAGAAUGUUCAAGGUUCUACUCCUGCUAAUCCAACUGAGAAUGAAUCUAACACAAAAGAACACCAGACAAUCGAUUCAAAAGAUGUAGAAGCUCCUACUUCAACAAUAGACGAAAAUCAAUCUGCUUCUGCUACCUCUUCUCCCAAAACUGAUCCGGCUAUGAGACUUGAUCGUGCUCUCAAGAAUGCAGAAAUGCAGCUAUUAAAGGAAUAUCGAAUCUCUGAAAAGAGAUUACGUGUUAUCAGAGAAACUCUGAAUACUUAUGUUGGAAAUCACAACUUUCAUAACUUUACCGUUGGGCAAGCCUUUCACCAAAAAAAUAGUAACCGUUUGAUACGCUCUUUCAACGCUUCCGACCCGAUAAUGAUCGGCAACACUGAAUGGAUUUCUUUGAAAGUACACGGGCAGUCAUUUAUGUUGCAUCAGAUUCGAAAGAUGAUAGCUUUGGCCGUAUUAAUGGUUCGUACUGGGUGCAAUUUGAGCCGUAUUCAAGAUGCAUUCAAGAAAACAAAAGUAAAUAUUCCUAAAGGCCCCGGAUUUGGACUUUUACUUGAAUCUCCAUUUUUCAAAGGUUAUAAUGAGCAUAAGGCUCCAGAAAAUGAUCGAGAUCCUAUUGACUUUUCUAAGUACUCUGAAAGUAUUGAAAAGUUUAAACACGCUCAUAUUUACGAUAAGAUUUUCGAAGAGGAAAAUCGAAAACAAGUAUUCCAUUGCUUUUUAACCUUCAUAGACAGCUAUAAGGAGCUUGACUUUCAGUAUCUUUCAGAUAUUGGCAUUACCGCUGAAGAAGAAAAGGUAGCUGAAAAUGGCCUACCGGAUGAAUUAUCUAGUGAAGACGAGGAUGACGCUAAAACUAAUAAAGAUGAAUUGGAAGGGUAAACGCGUUUCAGCUACUGCCCCAGUUAUCGAUUUUUGGUAAACGGUUAUCUCAGAGAUUUUGGGAAUCUAUUUUUGGUUAAUAAUAGAUAGUGAAGGUUGAUUAAUUGGGAUAUUAUAAUGUUGACAAAAAAAGCAAGGCAAUUAUAAUACUUGGGUUACAUUAGAAAAUACAUAUCACAUAUAUACACAGGUA